CCUCACAUUUGAUCCUAUUAGAAUUUAGAACACCAAAGCGAGAGAGAGAAGAAAAAAGAAAAAAGAAAAAAACAUUUUCGGAGUCUCCAAAUGACAAAUUAAUGACCUUUCCCGCGUUUCUCUAUUUCAAUCCGAAUUCCCCGUCCUGUCUCCCAUUUCCCGCAGAUAUCUCUUCUCAAUUAUAACCACCAUCACCAUCACCAUCACCACCACCACAACCUCUCUCUCUGCAACAACUCCUUUCCUAAAAGAAAAGAAAAGAAGAGAAAACGUUUCCUUCUUUCCUCCCGCGGAAUCCGAAUUCCACCACCGGACUCCGCCAUGGAAGAUGAAUAGAUUCAUUCCUAAUCCAAACUCCAAGCUCCGCCAUUUUAGGCGUCUCCACCACCACCUGACGUCUCCCUCUCUCGCGUCUUCAGCCACUUCCUUAUCAGACGCUAACCCUCUCCAUAUUCUAUGGCAUUACCAAAUCCUCGACCCGGACAGCGAUAUUGUCACUUACUGGAACUACGUUUUCCUUAUCACAUCUAUCGUCGCUCUUUUCGUCGACCCGCUCUUUUUCUUUCUCCCUUAUGCAGAUGCCGACGGCGUCUGCUUGACAAAUGAUGCAAGCCUUGCUGUUCUAAUUACUUAUUUUAGGUCCUUCGCUGACUUGUUCUUUUUGCUGCAUAUCAUCAUGAAGUUCCGUACAGCUUUUGUUGCUCCAAAUUCUAGAGUGUUCGGUCGUGGUGAACUUGUCAUGGAUGCUAAAGAAAUCGCUAGACGUUAUCUUAGGUCUGAUUUUGUUAUUGAUCUUGCCGCUGCACUUCCUCUUCCUCAGGUUGUGAUUUGGGUGGUAAUUCCAGCGGCAAGAAAUGGAAGAGCUGAUCAUGCAAACAAUACACUUUCUCUUAUAGUACUUAUUCAAUAUAUUCCUAGACUCUUUGUUAUCUUUCCAUUGCACCAACGAAUUGUAAAAAGUACAGGUUUUAUUGCCAAAACUGCUUGGGCAGGAGCUGCAUAUAAUCUCCUUCUAUACAUGCUUGCUAGUCAUGUAAGAAUCAGGUCACCCCUUUUCUUUCCUUUUUCUUCUUCAAGCUUACUCUCUUUUUUCUAUUGGGGAAUACAUGGUUACACAUGUAAACUUUUGUUACAGACAUUAGGGUCUUCAUGGUACCUAUUGUCAUUGGGGCGACAAUUUUACUGCUGGAAAUCCGAGUGUUUAAAGGAGAACAAGGCUGGAGUUAUAGGUUGCAUUGAAAGUUUUUUAGAUUGUAACAGUUUGGGACAGUUUGAACGUCAGUAUUGGCGGAAUGUUACUCAUGUUCGUACUAAUUGUGAUCCAUAUAACAACAAUAUCACAUUUGAGUUUGGAAUAUUUGCUGGUGCUUUUACAAAUGAUGUUGCUACAGCACCUUUUGUACAGAAGUACUUGUAUUGUCUCUGGUGGGGAUUAAGAAAUUUAAGCUCAUACGCACAGACUCUGGAGACAAGCACAUUUCUGGGUGAGAAUAUCUUCUGCAUCGUCACUUGCAUUAUUGGUUUGGUUCUUUCCGCACAGCUGAUUGGUAACAUGCAGACUAAUUUGCAAUCUAUGACGGUAAGAGUUGAAGAGUGGAGGAUCAAGCGAAGAGAUACAGAGGAGUGGAUGAGGCAUCGCCAAUUACCUCCUGACUUGCAGGAGCGCGUUCGCCGAUUUGUUCAGUACAAGUGGCUUGCUACAAGAGGAGUUCACGAAGAAUCUAUAUUGCGCUCACUGCCAUUGGACCUUAGACGAGAAAUCCAGCGACAUUUAUGUCUGGCCCUUGUUCGCCGUGUCCCAUUCUUCUCACAAAUGGAUGACCAGCUACUGGAUGCUAUAUGCGAGCGCCUCGUUUCCUCUUUGAGCACUGAGGGCACCUAUAUAUUUUCAGAGGGUGAUCCUGUAAAUGAGAUGUUGUUUAUAAUUAGAGGAACAUUAGAGAGCUCAACGACUAACGGAGGAAGGUCUGGAUUCUUCAACUCCAUCACCCUUAGACCUGGUGACUUCUGCGGUGAGGAAUUACUGACGUGGGCAUUAAUGCCCAAUUCUAGUGCGCACCUGCCUGCUUCAACUAGAACUGUCAAAGCUCUCUCUGAAGUUGAGGCUUUCGCCCUUCAAGCUGAAGACCUCAUAUUUGUCGCACAGCAAUUUAAGAGACUUCAAAGCAAGAAGCUGCAACAUGCCUUUAGGUACUAUUCUCACCAAUGGAGAACAUGGGGUGCUAUUUUGAUACAAUCAGUUUGGAGAAGAUAUCAGAAAAGAAAGAUGGCAAGGGAGCUGGCUUCAAGAGAGAGACUUUCUUACAUUCAAAUACCUGAGGAUGGAUAUUAUUCUAGCAAUGAGCUAGCAGAAGGAGAUUACGAGGAUGAACAUGGUGAGAGUUUAUCAAUGGAAAACGCAAACAAUGCACAGCAUCUUGGAGCAACAAUCUUGGCUUCAAAAUUUGCUGCAAAUACUAGAAGAGGGAUUAAUCAGAGACUUGUUGAUUCUGCUUCAUCCAGCGUAAAGGUGCCCAAGUUGUUUAAACCUGUUGAGCCUGAUUUCUUCGCAGACCAUGUUUAGUUAAUACAAAUUAAACGCUAAUCAGAAGCUGAAAGUAUGAGGUAAUGAGAAAUUAAUUAGGAACUUGUAUAAUUUGUAUGUUAAUUUGUAUCCCUAGACUAGCAUAUGAUAUAUCUUAAAUUUUUUGACAUUAUAAGAUUAUUAGUACAUGUUAUAGAGAA